AUGCCCAGAACGCUGAGGGAUGUUUUGGCCACCCUCACCUGCCUCCAGCUCCUUCUGCCCCUCGCCGCCGUGGAUUCCCUGCCCCUCACGUGGGACCAGGACAGGCUCCAGCUGGAAGCCGUCAAAAAGGGGAUCCUGGAGCGGCUGGGAAUGCCGGCUCCCCCCGUCAUCCGGCACCAGCCGGACCGGGAGAGCAUCCAGAGAGCGCAGCGGCUCUACCAGCAGAAAGUGGCAGAGCUGGCAGGGAACCGGAGCCGGGAAGAGGAGGAGGAGGAGGAAUCCAUGUCCAGGACCCGGCGUUUGCACAGCCUGACCCCCAUCCCGCCCCCGGGGAUUUGGGGGAUUCCCCGGGAGCGGCGGUUCUGCUGCCUGAGCGGAGCUGGUCACAAGCCCGGGCUGACGGGAGAACUGCCGGCUCUUACAUCAGCUGUCCCUUCUGUCCCCGCAGUGCUGCGCUGGCCGGACAUCCCGCAGGGAAACGGGGACUCCCAAGGACACCAGGACUCCCGCGGUCCCUACCGCUACCACCUCCUGCUCUCCCGCACCGAGGAAUUCCAGCGGCAGCUCCAGGUGGUUCAGGCGGAGCUGAAGCUCUUCAAGCGGUCGCCGGCGUCCCCCGAGAUGUCCCCGCGCGGCGCCUCGGUGCCCCCCCGGGUCACCAUCUACGCCCUGCAGGGGGACGAAGAGACCCCCCAGCUCGUGCAGAGCCAAGAGCUGGACCCCGAUUCCCGGAGCCUGGAUGUGACAGCAGCCAUCCAGCCCUGGGUGGCCGGUCCUGAGGCCACGCUGCGCCUGGAGCUGGACUUCACAGCCAACGUCUCGGGCGCACUGGCCACUUCAGAGGGGGAGACGCUGGUGCUGGAGGUGGAAACCCGGGAGAACGCGGCUCGGGGGGCCAGGAGAGCCCGGGGGCUGGAGGAGGAGUGCGGGAAGAGCGAUGGGAAGUGCUGCCUGAAGUCGCUGAAGGUCUCCUUCCAGGACAUCGGCUGGUCGGACUGGGUCAUCGCCCCCCACAGCUACUACAUGAGGUUCUGCGAGGGUUCCUGCCCCCACAACUACAAGCCGGCCAACAUGCACGCCCAGAUCAAAUCCCGGGUGCAUUCCCUGUCCAAGGCCACCCCCCCUCCCUGCUGUGUCCCUGCUGGAUACGACCCCAUGGUGCUGAUGCACUACGACGGCGAGGGCAGGCUGGUCUCCAGCGUCUUCGAGGACAUGCUGGUCACCAGGUGCCACUGUGCCUGAUGGCAUCGCUGGUGGCUCCAACUGGGAUGUGUCGCUGCCUGCCCAGGUGAGGCUUCCUGGCAGCUCCA